AUGAAUGCUGGUGAUAUUCUCUUUGAUGUUUUAUCACGGUUGCCAACGAAGACUCUUCUUGAAAUGAGACUUGUAUCUAAGGCGUGGGAUCGACUUAUUUUAGACCCAUUGUUUGUGCAAGCUCAAUUUCAGAAGAGUGGAUUGGCAUUAUCGGGUUUCAUGUUUCAGGAGAAAUACCAAAAGUGUCUUGAUGAUAUAAAAACUUUCACCUAUAUGCCCAUAGAUGCAGAUUCUAAGGUGCAGAAAAUGGUGUUUGGUUUCUUGCCUGAGGAUGUUGUUAUUUUACAAUCCUGUAAUGGCCUGGUUUGUUGUAGGAGUGGCUUCCGUACACGACAGUCGACAACAAUCUACGUCUGCAAUCCCUUGUUUAAGAAGUGGGUGAGUUUUGAAGUGGCUCAGCUGGACAGGUUCAGCAACAUUGCUCUAGCAUUUGAUCCCAUACUGAACACCGUAAAUACGGCAACAAAAUUCAAAGUAGUUAGAAUACAGCAGUUGGAGAAUGAGCAAGAGGAAAUGUACUACACAUUUGAAAUAUACUCUUCAGAAACAGGAACCUGGAAGGAAUCAAAUGAAGUUUGCUAUUCAGAUGGCAAUUUGUUGAAGAACAAAGGCAUUUAUGCUAAAGGGGUCUUACAUUGGCUUACUGAUACCGAUCAAAUCCUUGCAUUUGAUACGGAGAAAGAACUCUCUCUGUUGAUGCCAUCUCCAAUUCCUGCUUUGGAAAUGUUCAUCAACCCUCCUGGAACAUGCAUUGGGGAAUCCAGGGGCUUACUGCAUUUCAUCAUAAUCUGUGAAGAUGGAAUCAUUGUAUGGUGUCUGGAUGACUAUUUUGAGACAAAAUGGACGCACAAACAUUCAAAAAAGCUCCAAGUGAUUGAGGACGAGAACCCAAAUAUGUUUUUCCAGUUAUACAAGAACAUGCAAGAGAAACGGGUUGCAGGCAUGGAUCCAUGUAUGGAUCCGUUGGCAUUUAAAGAUGAGGUUUUAUUGAUGAGGGUGUAUUCAACCAUCUAUUUUUACCACACAGAAACAUCGAAGGUGAUGGAAGUCUGUAGCGUUGCCAGUUUGGGCCCAAACCCCUAUGUCGAUCCUUCUGCAAUUCCUUAUUCGUUGAGCUUGAUUCCAUUGAACGUUUCUCUCUCACAAUCUGAUUCAAACAACAACACAAACCCCAGCAAGAACUAG